UACCUCCUGUCUGAUCUGCGCAUGCUCUAUGUGUAUAGGCGAUUCAAAUGAUUCAAGUGUGAUAUAUUUUUUUUUUAUUAAUAAACCAAGCAGAGCACCAAAAAUGUCUGUUCAACCAUCGAACCCCAACAAUCCGAUUGUCUUCUUCGACAUCACCAUCGGAGGACAGGAUGUUGGACGCAUGAAGAUUGAGCUGUUUGCUGAUGUGGUUCCAAAGACUGCAGAAAACUUCCGGCAGUUCUGCACAGGAGAGUUCAGGAAGGAUGGUGUCCCAAUUGGUUAUAAAGGCUGCACUUUCCACAGGGUGAUUAAAGACUUCAUGAUUCAAGGUGGAGACUUUGUAAAUGGUGAUGGUACUGGAAUCUGCAGCAUCUACAGAGGCCCAUUUGCAGAUGAAAACUUCAAAAUGAAGCAUUCUGCUCCUGGACUUCUAUCCAUGGCAAACAGUGGACCAGGAACAAAUGGAUGCCAGUUUUUCAUUACUUGCACUAAAUGUGACUGGUUGGAUGGGAAGCAUGUUGUUUUUGGAAAAGUGGUGGAUGGUCUACUGAUUAUGAGGAAAAUUGAGAAUGUGCCCACAGGACCCAACAACAAACCCAAGCUGCCCAUCGUCAUCGCUCAGUGUGGAGAAAUGUGAUCCAACCAGUUCUGUCAGUUGCAUCAGAAAAGAGAAACCUCUACAUCGGUUGACUGGAAAUGGCAAACAUGUUGUUUCCAUGAACACCUGCAGGUUGUUGAGGAAAAACUGCUCACAUCAUAUGAGUUUUUCUAACUGUCACUCAGUGUUUUUCAUUUUAUAAUACAUUUUGUGAGACUUCCUUUUGCUUUUUGUCAUAUAUCAAAUGCAAUAAACUUCUUUUUGGAAUAUGUAUGUUCAA